AUGGCAGCGAUCAGCAGAAAUUUUAGAGUUUACCAUAAACUUGAACCUCCCUUCAGCCUUAUGCUUGAAAAUAAAAGUAUUGAAGAUACGCUUAUGUUCGAGAGUAAUGCUGUCACCAUUUUGUCCUCAGCAGAAACUGACACAAUUAAAAAGCAGUAUUCGAAGAUUUUAGAUGCGUAUGGUUGCCUUGGAGUUUUAAACUUGAAUACAGGAGGAGAUGAGAAUAUUCUAUACCUGGUGCUUGUGACGGGCUGUGUGUCUGUUGGUAAGAUCGGCGACUCUGAGAUCUUCUGUAUCACUGCCACCCACUUCGUUUCCCUGCAGAAUCGCCCAGGUGAUGAAGACAGGAUUGUGGGAGUGAGAAAUGUACUUAACUCUCGGACUUUCUACUUUGCUUGGAGCUCGACUGGUGUUCCUUGGGAUCUCACUCUGUGCGCUCAACGCAAAAUCCAGGACCAUGACACUGAUAGCAGAUUCUUUUGGAACCGUUCCAUGCAUGUUCACUUGCAGCGGUUUGGUAUUGAUUGUGACACCUGGUUGUUCAAAACCAUCUGUGGUGGAGUGGAGAUUCGCACAGUGUACGCGGCCCACAGGCAGGCUAGGGCAUGCCUCAUCUCUCGGCUCUCGUGUGAGAGGGCGGGAACGCGCUUCAAUGUGCGAGGGACCAACGAUGAUGGUCAUGUGGCAAACUUUUGUGAAACAGAGCAGGUGAUAUUUUUGGAUGGGCUGAUAGCUUCAUAUUUGCAAACCAGAGGUUCUGUGCCAUUGUUUUGGGAACAGCCAGGCAUACAAGUUGGAUCUCACAAAGUGAAGAUGUCGCGAGGGUACGAGGCUAGUGCCCCGGCGUUUGAGCGUCACCUGGGCACACUGAAGGAGCAGUACGGGGAGCAAGUGGUCGUCAAUCUAUUGGGCCGCAAGGAGGGGGAACACCUCCUCAGUCAGGCUUUCAUGAAUCACCACAAGGCUUCAAGAUUUGCCCAUGACAUUCCUCUGAUAUCAUUCGACUACCACACGGAGUGUCGGGGCGGGAACUUGAAGAACCUGGAAAAGUUGCGGGCCAUACUCCAGAAAUACUACGAUAAGUUUGAGUACUUCUACAGUGAGAAUGGAGAGAAGAAGAGGUACCAGACGGGCACUGUGAGGACCAACUGUCUUGAUUGCCUGGACCGGACCAAUGCUGUACAAUGUCUACUCGGCCUACAGAUCCUGAAUCGUCAGCUGGAGGACCUUGGUCUGGCGGGGAAGCCGCAGAUGGUGUCCCGCUUCACAGAGAUUUAUAAACAGAUCUGGAUCCUCAAUGGGGACCACAUCAGCAUGAUCUACGCGGGAACCGGUGCUCUUGGGGGAGGCAGGUCCAAGACCUCAGAUGCUGCGCGGUCAGCUACGAGAACAAUUCAGAAUAAUUUCUUAGACAACAACAAGCAGGAGGCCAUGGACAUUUUGCUGUUGGGAAGCACACUGAGAGGAGAACUAGCUGACAGAGCACGAGCGCUACUCACCACACGCAGGAUGAACGCCCCUCCAGCAGUACUGUACAAUGUUGUGAGUCGCUACAGGGAGUAUGUCGACACAGAGAAUGUUCGUGUCUGUGCCGGCACAUGGAACGUGAACGGAGGAAAACAUUUCCGCUCCAUCGCCUUCAAACAUCAAUCCAUGAAUGACUGGCUCCUAGAUGCUCCCAAGAUGACAGCGAAGACCAAUCCUGAGAUGUUGGAUCCAUCUGUGGACUAUGAUGUACCAGUGGACAUCUUUGCCAUCGGAUUUGAGGAGAUGGUGGACCUCAAUGCCAGCAACAUUGUUAACACAAGCCAGACAAAUUCUCGAGAGUGGGAGAAGUACAUACAGAAGACGAUAUCAAGGGACCACAAGUACGUUCUCCUGACCAAGGUCCAGCUGGUCGGCGUGCUGCUUUAUGUCUUUAUACGACCACAACUUGCACCGUACAUCAGGGAUGUGGCAGUGGACAUAGUGAAAACGGGCAUGGGCGGGGCGGCGGGUAACAAGGGCGGAGUAGGCAUCCGCUUCCUGCUUCACGCCACAUCCAUCUGCUUCGUAUGCGCCCAUCUUGCUGCUGGACAGUCACAGAUCAAUGACCGCAAUAAUGACUACGCAGAGAUCUCCAAGAAAAUGUCUUUUCCUAUGGGUCGUGCUCUGCCCUCCCACAACUACGUAUUCUGGUGCGGGGACUUUAACUACCGUAUUGACCUGCCCAACGAGCAAGUGAAGGACCUUAUAGCCGCAGAGAACUGGGACGCUCUCGAGGCGUUUGACCAGUUAAACAUCCAACGCAAAGAGGACAAGGCCUUUCAGGGCUUUAGUGAAGGUCCAACAAGGUUUGCCCCAACCUACAAGUAUGACCUGUUCUGUGACGACUAUGACACGAGUGACAAGAGUCGUACACCGGCAUGGACGGACAGGGUGUUGUGGAGACAUAACCCUUUCCUUAAAUUCCAGAAAACAGAUGAAGAGGAGCUGAAGAAGUGGCCCAAGCUGUUACUGUACACAAGAUCAGAGCUGAAAACCUCAGACCAUAGGCCAGUGCUGGGGCUGUUUGAUGUGCAGGUGAUGAAGGUCCGGGACACAGACCGGGACCGGGUGUACGAGGAGGCUCUGUACGCCCAGGGACCACAAGAUGCCACAGUGAUUGUCUCCAUGGUGACUGGGGAGUUUGACGAUGACAUGGUGGAUGAGAUUGUCGGCACAUUCUCUGAUGCAGGGGAGAUCAUUCUUGUCAGGUUUGUUGACGAGGAGAUGUGGCUGAUCUACAAGACCGGGGCCAUGGCCCUACAGGCCCUACAGUACAACAACACUCAGAUCAGCGAUCAGGAGGUUGGUGUGCGGUUGAAGACUGGUAACUGGCGUGAGCUGGUAGAGGCAGAGAUGCGGGCAGCCAGUCUACGCUCUGAGCCCCUUUUUAACCAGUUCACAAACAGCCUGCUGGGGGAGGACUUUGAUGUGCCGGGGAUGGAGAAUUAUGACAGUGAGGGGGAUGAGGAGGAGGGGGAUACAGAGUCCCUCCCUGAACCAAUACAGCCCGCCCGCACUGGGGAUGGUUCACCGCACUCUGGCUCCCCAAGUCCUGCAGAUGGAAUGUUUGAAACAAGUAAGCCUAAAAGUAAGCCCGCUCAGAGUGUCCCUCCCCUUCGCCCCCAGCCCAGUAGUCGGUCAAGACCCCCUCCCACUAGGCCACGUGACUCACCCCCCACUGGAAGGGAACGGGACAUGACUCUAGAACAGAAACAGGAGGCGACUCCACAAGUGGCUAGAAGUGCUGCUGACAUGGUGAUAGUUCCAGAAUCGGCACCAAUGGUCAGAGGAAAUCCUUCAGAGACGAUCGCAAAGCCGAGUGCCGCAAGUCGAACUGGCCCACCUGUGAAGCCUCCACCCCCACAGAGGCCAGUCGGGGGACCCCCCAGACCAUCUCCACCCAAACCCUCCUCCUCACCCCUGUCCGGCCGGAAACCACCUGGUCCAGCCAUAAAACAGCCACUGGGAUCACAGGCUAUUGGCAAGAUCAAGUCCAAGCAACAAAACAAGAUUGUAAGAAUCGGUCUUCCCACAAAUGUGACCCACAUGGGACAUGCCAACUCCCCGGAGGAAGCUGCAGCUCUUAUAGAAAAACUGAUGCUACCAGGCGGGUCUGAUUUGAAAGGAACUUUACCCGCUCCGCUCAAACCUGGAGGUUUAAGGGCGUCCACAAAUAUUCCUCGUAGUAAGACUUCAGAGGAUGUUAAUGGUGACACUCUGCCUCCACCUCCAUGUGUUGCUAAGGCCCAAAGUGUAGAAAACAUCUCCUCAACUUCCCGGCCGAUUCCACCUCUCCCACAGCUUGACCCUGGAGCUGGACCUCCACCCCAGCCAGCACCUAGGAAGGAAAGUUUACCUUCAGAAAAGGAGACUGAGGGUGUCGCAAGGCCAAGACCAGCCCCUCGUCGCAAUGUCCAGAGCUGUGUAUUUGACCCUAGCUCAGUGAAUGUACCAGCUGUGGCCCCCAGGCCAAUGUCUGUGGCAGACAGGGGGAACUUGCCACGCCUCCCCCAGUCUUACCCAGAGACAAGUCAGAACUACUAUUCAAGUGUGGUGGACCACACACGUAUUAACCCUGACAUGGGAAAAGUGUUGUUAAAUGGUUCCUCAAAACCUUCUGAAUCAUCACCUGAACAAAGUAUGGCCAUGUUGACGCCUGGUGCGGGACACCAGGAAGGUGAAUAUGAAACAUUGUGGGGACAUACUCCUGCCGUGCCAAAACGCAAAGACAUUGUAGAGGAACCCAACACCCUUCUUGACAAGCCCAUUUCGCCACAAGCUUUUACAUCAAAUGUCGAUCCCUUUGACACCAGUGCAAUAACCCAGAGGCUUCCACCAAGUGUACCCCUCCAGCCAAUAGCCCCAGCCAUGGCCCCUCCCACCCUUCCAUCAGUCCCGCCCCGCCCAGGGACUCAACCUAGCAAACAUUCAACAGUUAUGAUGUCACAGUUGGAUGAGCAGGUAACCAAUGGGGAUCCACAAAGCUACGAUGCACCUCCCUCCAGCCCGCCCCCAUCCCCUCCAAGGUUUGACUGCCCGGCAGAACCACCGCCCCUACCCCCUACAGAAGACUUCCCUUCCCUUGAUGAGCUUUCAGCAACAAACUCCACUAGUAUGAAUGAGGUCGCGAAUAAAUUAAUGCUCCUUAAAGAACCAACUGGACCUGCGCCAGUGUUAGCCCCACCCCCUGUGCCAACCCGUCCCCCAGUAUCAGCUGACCUUGCGUCGACCAAUCAGCAGCCAGGGCUUAUUGAAAUGCCUCCAAUCCCAGCAAGACCUGCUGUGCCCCCUCCUGUUCCAAAACGACCUACAAUUUAACAUAUGCCUGGCUAUGAUUAGUGAAAUUUAUAUUCAUUAUUGUGAUAGAAUUUGAUGUUAAAGAUCAUGUGACUUUGCAAAAUGUAUUUAAACAUAAUGUUACUCUUCCUACACAUUUUUUUUGAAAAUACUCAUCACCAAGCUUUAUGUGACCAUGUAGUGAAUAAAUAUAAUUAUAUUCUCAAAGAUCGAUAUUGUUCAUGUUUUUGGAAUAUUAGUAUCGAUCAGCAACUAGAACCUGUGGGCAUUGUAUAGUUUGUGUGUAGUUAAUACAUGAUUUAUUUUACAACGAUUGUUAAGAAAUUUAUAUUAACGUAUGCUUAGUCACUUUCGUUGGCAUGAUGUUGCGCUAGAGAAUGGUGUUUGUGUUAUGGGGGAAACCAGAUUGCCCAGAGAAAACCCACUUGUCCGGCCAAUCAAACUCUCAUACUUACAUACACCCAAGCCAGAAAUCAAAACCAUGACACCUUGAUGAGAACCGAGUUAGCUUAUAACUUCGGCUAACCAGACUACGAGUGAAGUGUUAUGCGCUAUUUGUGUGAUAGUUAUAGACUCGCAUUUUAAAACUUGCUUUGUAUUUAAUUCUGUGCAAUAUGAUUAGUGCUUAAAGCGGUAGUGAGCGAUAUUUAGGCUAGAUAGCUUACAUUCAUAUGAAUUUAAAUUGCAUGUACAAUUUCACAAUAAAAUAUCUUUCAUGUUUUAGAUUGUUAAAGAUGUUAUUAAGGUAUAAGAUUUACAAUUAAGCUUGCCAUUUUAUUGAUGAUAAUGUUAAGUGUUUAUGUUUGGUGACUCCAUAUACUUUUGACACUUUUUAUUUAUUUUUUGUCUCAGAAUCUUAAAGCAUUAUUAACGCUUUUAGCCAUCAAACAUCAAUUUUCGAAGUUAAAUAUGAUAAACUGCAAUCUGAUUUUUUCUCAGCAGUUUUAUAUCACUGGUUUCCAGACAUUUAUGCAAAAAUUGGCUCAUUCAAAAGACAAAAACUAAAAAAGAUGUCAAAACUACCAAUCUGUAAGAGUGCAGCUUUAAAAGGAUAAUGCAUGCUGAUCACUUAUAUGUUUAUUAAAUAACCGAAAAAGGAUUGAAGACAAAGUUAUUGCAGUUUGUUAUCUUUAAACAGAAAAUCAGGAUGUGAAGUGACCUGUUUUGCAAUCUUUCAAGGCCAAUAGAGCUUGUUUACAAUAUUUUUGUUGCUAAACUUGUAACAUAUUCAUUAUCUACGCAUCAAACAAAUGAUACUUGAAGAUGCACUCUUACUCCAGCAGUGAUUUUUUUGGUGCAAUUUACUGCCUUCUAAAGGCUGUUUCCCCUUGUGAAAAACUGUCCAUUUUUCCCAAAAUUUUACAAAAAAAUUCCCAAUUUGAUAAAUGCCGAUUAUGUUAAUUAAUAAAAAAGCAAUAAAUUUCUUGAAAUAUAAACAAAAUCUUGACAAGACUAACUCUUCCACAGCAUAAUGUAUGCAUAAAAAAAUAAAAACAUGUAUAUUUGCCAUUAUAUUGUUUUGGCCUGAUUUUGUAUUUUUCACAAAGUUGACUUUUUUUUUCCCAAUUUGCAAGGAACAGGGGGUAAAUAUUAUUCCCAAAAAAAUCAUUGCUCCAAAAAAAGAUGUACAACAAUUAACACAUUUUUUUUUUUAUUUACUGGAAAAUGAUGAACAAAUAUUGAAAACCAAUGGUUCUUAUGAAGAAUAUCGUGUUUAGUUUGGAAGAAAGGUGCAGAAUAUACGGUAUUCCUACCUAAUGAGACGAUUGUUGAUCACUGUAAAUCUUUAAGGGCCAACCUGUCAUUUAAUAUUUGUGUGUUUUCAGCUAUACAAUACAUGAUUACAUAGAUGUUGAUGUACUGAGUGUCACUUUAAAUAAUAUGGAGUUGCCAGGUAUACAAAAUUGACAUAAUUGUACAUAGAUACCACAAGUGAUAAACACAUUCCAGAUUUGUUCCGAGGUGUCGCCCUUACAGCUGAUGUUUGAACUUGCAUGAACUCUUUAAAGGCUGACGCCAAAAUAAAACAUUUUAAUGCAUUAUCAGGGGCGUAGUUUGGCCUAUUAAAAAGUAUAGGCCCACUUGGUAGGGGGUUUGGGGAUAUUUUUUUUACUCCAGAUCGAAUAAUGUGCGUUUUAGCGUAUAUCUGGAGCCUUUUUAGUCAUCGAAAUUUGCUUUAUAUAGCACUUCACUAAACUUUAUUGUUGUCUUGCUCAUGAUGUACAAUAACAGAACUGAAAUUCAAAACUGAUUAGAAAAAAUAUGUUUAGUUAACCUGUAGUGUUUACUUGAAUGUUAAUUAAGCUGUCACCCCCUUUCCUUUAAGUUAUUAUUGCAGAUUUGAACGUUUUGUAUUUUUCAUUUUUGGAAACGAAGUGUAGGCCCGGGCCUACCGUGCCUAUUGGAGCUACGCCGAUGAUUAUUGUGUCAUUUGACUUAAGUUAAAUGAUCAAAACAAAAAAGUGCUUAUGAUUUAGGUACAGAUAAAAAUAGCGAUAUCUUGGGCUUUUUUUACUGUGGAAUUUGUGGCCACGUAGCUAAUAACUGAAAAACAGACCUUUAUAAAGGCUUAUAUUUUUUAUCAGUUCCGAAAUCAUUCUUUUUUUUCUUUUAUCACAUGUCAAAUGAGUUGAACAUGAUAAUGCAUUAAAAUUACUGAUUUUAUUUUUGCAUCAACCUAUAUUGUGUGCCCUUAACCCAAACCGUUAUCACUUUGUAAAAUCAGAUUAAGUUAUUUAAAUUAUUAUUGUUACACUGUUUUUUUAGUCCAACAUGCCUUUAGGAGUGUAUGGCAGCUGGGAGUAUGUUGUUUAUAACUGGUCCCAGGUGCUAGUAUGCAAAUAUCCUGAGUUGACAUUUACCAAUUGUUCGAAUUUUUUGAAGAAAGGUCUAUUUAUGAGUAUUGCACUUGAUACCGUAAUUAUUCUAUUCAUUGCCCGGGUGUUUAUUAGAAUCGUACCCGAGUUCAAAGUAGGGGAUUGGCAUUACUUAGAGAAAAUUGCUUUUAUCCAAGAUGAAAAUCGGUUAUCAUUAUAAUAUUUGGACGUAGAGACAAAAAUGGUGUAGUAAGAUUUUAUAUAAAGUAGGGAAUCAGGAAACUUGUUGUUUGAAAGAUAUGCUUUUUUUUUAAAUUGCUUUUAAAGGAGGCAAAGUUUUUGCAUGAUUUUGCCAAAAAAGACCCAAACUUUUUCAGGCCUAAAACUGGGGUCGGUGGACAAUCAUUAGAGGAUGGGCGAUUAAUAGAACAAUUACGGUAUUUGUGGUUGGCUGUUCCAGUAAAAAUGACGUUUAUUCCUUGCAUAAUAAAGUACAUGUAGUGCUCACAUUCCGUGGCUGUAAUUUAGUCCAAUUUUUUGUUUUCAAUUAUUCAUUAUUGUUUUCUAUAUGGCUGACCUUUGUUAAAGCUUAAAAAGCCUUAGUUUUAUGUAAAAAUAAUUUUAAAAAAAGUUAUGCCUUAAAGCUGCACUCUCACAGAUUGAACGUUUUGAUAACUUUUUUAUUUUUUGUCUUGGAACGAGCGAAUUUUUGCGUAAAUAUCUGCAAACCAGU